AUGGCGUUUCAAGAGACAAAACAAGAGGAUGUCAGCAAUUUCAGGUUCGAAAACUUUUGGGGAAGUAAGAACUUUGGUAUGGAAUUCGUCGGUUCUGUCGGUAUGUCUGGAGGCCUCGUUUGUCUUUGGAAUUUGGGGAUGUUCGAACUCGAGAACUCCAUUAAACGCAGGAAUGUGCUGGCGGUUAGAGGAAGAUUGAAAGGUAGUGGUGAGGUGAUGAAUUUUAUUAAUGUAUACGCUCCGCAAAGUUGUUCAGCCAAGUUGGAGCUUUGGAACGAGAUUCGGGGAAUCAUGGGAGGCUGGGAUGGUUUAUGGGUGGUGGCGGGGGAUUUCAACGCGGUCAGGAUGGAAUCGGAGAGAAAGAAUUCAGCUUUUAAAGCUAAUUGCGCGAAAAAUUUCAAUGAGUUUAUUGCUCAAGCCAACCUUCUUGAGUAUGACUUAAAAGGUUGUAGGUUCACGUGUUCGAGAAAUAACGGAAAAAAAUGGAGCAAACUUGAUAGAUUUUUGGUGUGCCCGGAGUUUUUUAGUAAAUGGCCUACGGCUUGUCAGAGAGCUUUACCAUUUCUCCAUUCCGAUCAUUGCCCUAUUCUUUUGGAGCUGGGGGAUAAGAAUUUCGGGCCGAAACCUUUUCGGGUUUUUGACGCUUGGUUGGGUAAAGAGGGAUAUAAGGAAGCAGUUGAGUUAGCGGUUAAUUAUGUCGAUGUUCAGGGCCCUCCGGACAGCCGGCUCACGGCUAAAUUUGCUCGCAUCAGGAAUGAGGUUAAAAAAUGGCGGGAUAUCUAUCGAAAAAAAGAAGGUGAGAAUUACGCUCGGGCUUUAGAAGAACUUGAAGCUUUGGAAAGUAGUUUGGAAACGCGGGAUCUUAACGAGGAAGAAGAAUGGGUCUAUGCAGAAAAUAGGAGGGUCAUCAUGGAUUUGGAAUUUAAAAAGUGUUCGGAAGCGAGACAAAGAGCUAGAAGCAAAUGGGCUGAGGAAGGUGAUGCCAACACCAAAUUUUUCCACUCCUUGAUUAAUCAAAGGAAAGCGUCGAACCUUAUCCCGGGGCUGAAUGUUAAUGGGAGGUGGGUGUCUAAGCCAGCCAGAGUUAAAAAGGAAAUAAUGUCUUUUUUUCAGAAAUCGGUUCCAUGA